CCGAAUUCGAAGCCUUUGGACCCGUUUUUAUACUUUUUUACUUGCCAUUCGUUUUUUUUUGUUCAUUGGCCUCAUUUGAUUACUUGUUUCUUUGAUUUCUCCUUCCAUAGAACCGAAUUGUUUUCAGUCUGAGAUUUCUCCUGCCGAGAGAACGAUUUUAAUCUAUUUUCCUCGGUAAUGUUAUAGCCUAAUUUGUGUUUUUUUCUUUUUCCUGAUCCGGAUAUCGUUAUUCUGAUUGACAAUUGUCAGUUUCAUCUUCUAUUCUGUGAAAUUUUGAUUUUUUUCCGAUCUGUGAUUUCGUCAUUGUAUCAGCGUGCUUAUAUGCGUUUGAGGCGUAAAUGAGUGUGUACCUCAUUUAUCAUUUGCUAUGUUUUUUUUUUUUAACAGAGAUCUUCAGCUGUAAUAUUAUAAUAGAUUGAAUUGAUAACGUGAUUCUGGAUCUGGAAUAUAUAUAUGUCACAUUCUUCUUAGGAUUUGAUUUUGUCUCUCUUUGGAUAUUAAUAUUCUUCACUCCCUUGAAAAUGAAUCUGUUUAUUAUAAUGUUUAGAUAUAUUCCUUACCGGCAUUUGUUUUAGCAUAAAUAUGAAACAUAGCAUUGACUGAUUUGUCUUUUUAUUAUUCUUGUUUUUUUGCCAAAUUGGUCUCAUGUUUUUGCAGAGAGUAGAAAAUGGCUGAUGGUGAAGAUAUUCAACCCCUUGUCUGUGACAAUGGAACUGGAAUGGUUAAGGCUGGUUUUGCUGGGGAUGAUGCACCGAGGGCUGUGUUUCCAAGUAUUGUUGGCCGUCCUCGCCACACUGGAGUGAUGGUUGGAAUGGGACAGAAGGAUGCAUAUGUUGGCGAUGAAGCUCAAUCCAAGCGUGGUAUUCUUACCCUUAAAUACCCUAUUGAGCACGGUAUUGUCAACAAUUGGGAUGAUAUGGAAAAAAUCUGGCAUCAUACUUUCUACAAUGAGCUCCGUGUUGCUCCCGAGGAGCAUCCUAUUCUGCUCACUGAAGCGCCUCUUAACCCAAAGGCUAACCGUGAGAAGAUGACUCAGAUCAUGUUUGAAACCUUUAACGCUCCGGCUAUGUAUGUCGCCAUUCAAGCUGUCCUGUCGCUUUAUGCUAGUGGUCGUACUACUGGUAUUGUGCUUGACUCUGGAGAUGGUGUGAGUCACACGGUCCCUAUCUAUGAGGGUUACGCUCUCCCGCAUGCAAUCCUACGUCUUGAUCUUGCAGGUCGUGACCUCACAGAUGCUCUGAUGAAGAUCCUCACUGAGCGUGGUUACUCUUUCACCACAACAGCUGAGCGUGAAAUUGUCAGAGACAUCAAGGAGAAGCUUUGCUACAUUGCUCUUGACUAUGAGCAGGAGCUUGAGACGGCUAAAACCAGCUCUUCUGUAGAGAAGAACUAUGAGUUACCUGAUGGGCAAGUGAUCACCAUUGGAUCUGAGCGUUUCCGUUGCCCUGAGGUUCUUUACCAGCCAUCUAUGAUCGGUAUGGAGAAUGCUGGUAUCCAUGAAACCACCUACAACUCCAUAAUGAAAUGUGAUGUUGACAUCAGAAAGGACUUGUAUGGUAACAUUGUGCUCAGUGGUGGAACAACUAUGUUCCCUGGAAUUGCUGACAGAAUGAGCAAAGAGAUCACUGCUUUGGCACCGAGCAGCAUGAAGAUCAAAGUCGUUGCACCUCCUGAGAGGAAAUACUCUGUCUGGAUUGGAGGAUCCAUCUUGGCCUCCCUCAGUACCUUCCAGCAGAUGUGGAUCGCAAAGGCAGAAUAUGAUGAGUCAGGCCCGUCGAUUGUUCACCGGAAAUGCUUUUGAGCUUGAAGUUAAGUCUGCUUCCGGAGAAGCCCUGGGGGUUUUCCAGUUUGUCCUUACUGGGUUUUUAUCUUCGUUCUCUGCUCUUCUUUGUUUUUCUUCUUCAAUAUUUUCAGAUUCUGGCCUAAGACAUUUUGAAGAAUUUACAUUAUCUGUUUGUAGUGUUGGUUAAACUGUUGUCUUGUUCCUUUUAUUUAUUUUGGAUGACACAACUGUGUUUGAGUGAAUAAGAACUCCUGAUUUUUCCAAGUUUAGAGAGGUUAUUUGAUAAUC